GCCGUAUCUCUCCAAAGACGAAGAAGACGCAGGCGCCUGCAUAUGUGCUAUUCACACUAAAGGUUAUGAAAUAGAAAGAAUAUCAUAUUGAAUGUAGUAAACCAGCCGAUGCUGCUUUACUGAUGACUUUAGCAGUUUAGUCAGCUUUAAGACCAUUUAAGAUCAUUUCACCGUCAGUGGUGACACUUGAGUCAUCUUAUUGUGUGUCACGGUUUUCAUUGUGACUGAUUCUGCACAUUUCCUGAACGUUUUACAGCUUCAGCUACGAUGACAGAAUUUUUCAGUUUGCUGGAUAGUGAUGUUAUUGGUUUUGACUUAGACCAUACUCUCUGUCGCUAUCAUCUGAAGGAGACCUCCAAGCUGAUCUACGAGAGCUUUGCCAGGUAUCUGGUGGAACAUAAAGGCUACGAUAAGGACCUAUUAAACCUAACGCCUGCUACUUGGGAUUUUUGUUUUAAGGGCCUUGUGGUAGACCUUGAAGAUGGAAACUUAGUGAAGCUUUCUGAAGAUGGAACAGUAUUGAGAGCAACACAUGGAACAACUGACCUGAGCACAGAAGAGAUCAUUAAACAUUAUGGUCCAAAAAGGGAGUGGAAGCACUUUAACAGCCUCAAUACCUCUUUUGCAAGAUCUGCUAAAUACUAUUUAUACGACAACUACUUUGAUCUACCUGGUGCCCUCCUCUGUGGAAGAAUUGUGGACAUGUUGCACAAGCGGGGUAAUGAGGUGAAUUCCGACUUUUGGAAAGACAUGGUAGCUGCCAUUGACUACAAUUACAACACAUCGGCAUUUCGAGAGGAUGCAGGGACUUAUUUCCCCAAUGUUAAGAGGGACCCUGGCCGUUAUUUGCAGACUUGUUCCGAGUCUGUAAAGACUUGGCUCAGCAGCAUGAAGAAUGCAGGGAAAGUCCUCCUACUUAUUACAAGCUCCCACAGUGACUACUGCAGGCUUAUCUGUGAACACAUCCUUGGGAAGGACUUUGAAGAGCUUUUUGAUAUCAUCAUCACAAAUGCCCUCAAGCCUGGUUUCUUCUCCUUAAAACCACAACAGAGGUCCUUCAAAAAUCUUGUGAAUGAUGUCGAGGAAAGUGAAGAUAUGCCAUCAUUGGACAAACCUGGUUGGUACUCCCAAGGCAACUGGAUGCACCUCCAUGAACUGCUUAAAACCAUGACAGGAAAAGCAGAGCCCAAGGUUGUGUAUUUUGGAGAUAGCAUGAGGUCGGAUAUGUUCCCUGCCAGCAGCUUUGGAAAGUGGGAAACAGUGAUGAUUGUGGAGGAAAUGGAGGGGGAGGGUGUGCCCAAAAGUGAUGCAGCAAAAUCAAAUGAGGCUCAGGUAGAGCCACAGGAGAAAAAGGGCAAGUUUGAGGAAAGCAUGAAGUCACCUUCUACAAAGUCCAACCAGUGGGGUUCCUACUUUGUUGAUGUACAUAGAAGUGGUGGCGAGGAUGAGGAGAUCCAGAAAUUGACCUGGUGCUGCCACUGUAUUCACAAAUACAGCACGAUGGCCAUCCCGAGCGUUGAGCACAUAGCAAAUCUCCCUUUGGAUUACAAGUUUCCCAGGUUUUCUCCCGAUAAGCCAUGCACAAACGGAUACUUCCCGAGGCCCCCCGAUUCAUUGCUAAAGAGAUGCAAAAGUCUCACCUGAAAAGCAAGUAUAACAAAAAGACUUAUCCUUUCUUUCUCCCUGUGGUCUGUGCCUCCACGCCAACCUGACGUUUCCCCCAUUCAACCGCAAAUCAUUUGGAGAGCACAACUUAGCCUCAUUACUGAAUCGUUCAGAAAACUCGUUGAAUGUAAUGUCAGAUACACUAUCUGUAAUCAGGCCUGUCUUUGGAUAUUGUUUUGUGGUUUAGUAUACAUGUGAGAUGACAACAUAGUAUGGAUGUGUGUCUGAGUACUGUGGUACCUUGACUUACGAGUUUAGUUUUCCACUUUGUAAUGCAAAUCAUAUAUCAAAUAGUCUUUCACCGUCGAGUAAUAAGUCUGCUAAAAACAAAUCAGAAAUUGUUGCUUCUUUGUCCGCCAUGUUUGUUUACACUGACAUCUUUUGUCCGGCGUGAGGAUAUUCAUGAAUGAAAUUGGUUCGAGUCUGAUGUUUUGCUUCUUGUUGUUUACGGUACAUUCAGAACUGUGAUACCCGUGACCUUUUUUCAUUUUGUGUGGGGUCUCUCGUCCAAAGUUAGGGAAGACGGACGAUAAUUUCUAUCUAGCCGUGUGAAUCAGGUUUAAGGUGCAGUGUUAUUGAUGUUUUUUUUUUUGCAGGGGCAUAAAGAAUGUAAGCGUGUGAGUAUUGUUGAAUUUCCAUCUGCAUGUGUUGCUCCAUUAUUUGUGUUCAAAUUGUUUUAAGGCUUUCCAACUACAUCGAUGCUAGUUUUGGUAGUCUGUCUUGGGCAUUUUGUGUUAGCAUUUCGGUAGCGGACUCUAGGGAGCAAUAUUUAUUGUAUGAACUGUCAUUAGACCUACAAACACACACAUCAGAGCUUGCAAAUAAUUGGCCUAACUGGCUCGUAUCUCGAAAAAUAUGUCAAGGAACCACUGUAUGUAUGAAGUAGCCUAAUUAGUUGUGAAAAAUGUUGUGUAUUAAAUAGGAGAAUUCUUUUAAUUUCUUCUGUUAGGUUAUUUUAACGAUUAUAAAUGUCUGUAUUAAAUGGUAAUACACCCAGAUGUGAAUACCUCAAUGACGUGUUCCCUUACGCACAGCACAGGGUGUUUGCAAGUGCUUUGUUUUGUGCCAUCGCUCUUAUUUUUGAGUAUUCUUAAAAGUAAUGUUACGGUGUGUGAAUUUUUCGUAAAUUCUCAAAAUGAGGUGUAAGUCUGUUGCCUUUGAAAGUUUUGUGGAUGUAAAUCUUAAGGUCAUAAAGUGUCAUUAAAAGGAUGUACAAUGGUGUUUCAAUAAAAGGUAUUGAAUUAAAA